AUGCGCAGCAUCUGGUCCUGUUCGUCGUGCGCCGUUGUCCUCAUCUUCGCGCUUUGGGGGGGAAAUACAUCGGCGUCGCAUGUGGGAAGGGAAUGGAAGGAUGUGCAUAGGGUUGCGAAAGCGCAGGUGACGGCGCAUCCGGCGCGCCGAGAUGAGGGAGCUUGCCCGGCCGAAUAUACCUCUUGCGCCGCGGCGCUGAACGGCGGCUGCUGUCCUUCUCGCUAUGCCUGCGGGCCAGAUUCAUGCAUCGCGACAACGGCCGGGCCUACAACAGCCUGCGGGAGGGUAGGGUUCUUCGCGUGCAACCCCGUCAACGGAGAACCCGGUUGCUGUCCACUCGGUUCUACAUGCGAGGAGGGCUUUGAAUGUCGCCCUUCUCCCGGCAUAACUUUUACGAACUUGGAGUGCCCGAGCGAUUACUUCCUCUGCCCAGGUUCGGAUGGAUGUUGCAGGAACGGCUUGGGUUGUGGCCCGGGUAUCUCGUGUUAUUCGACAGAGCCGGUGACCACAACUUUGACGCAAACCACCACGACGACAUCUGGCACGGAAGUUGUGACCGAAAUUCAGACAACCGAGACAGUCAUCACCCCGACGAUUCCCAGCGAGACCGUCGAGGACACAGGCGCGGCCCUCAAAUUCAUGCCGACCAGCGUCCCCAAGUUCCCAGCAAGUACGCCAUCCAGCGAAUCCGAUGGUGGUCUGAGCGGCGGCGCGAUCGGAGGCAUCAUCGGCGGCGUGGUUGUUCUGUUGAUUGUGGUGGUAGUCGCAGCGUUCCUUAUCAUCCGCCGACUAAAACACGUCGAAGACAUUAUGGAAUCCAAGCGUGGCUCAUCUAGCGGCAAGAAAUCACAAUCACAAUCACAGGCGCAGAAGGAGCACUACGGCCGCCAACUGCACUCCGACAUGGACGACAUGAGCGUCGACCCCCUGAUGGUGCCACCAUCCACCACCGCCACCAACAACAACAGCACCUCAGCAACCCCCCAGCCAGGAGGAGCGGCCAGCUCGCGCGGCCGCGCCGACUCGGCCGGCUUCACCCCGUCACCCAACAUAUUCCCGGACGACCGCUCCCGGCACGCGAGCCCGGACUUCAGCGGCGGCUACUUCGACGUCGUGCCCGGACAACAACACGCCGCGCACAACCCGGCCGCCGCCUCGCUACAGCAACAGCCCAUGCAGGCGGCGCGCAUCCGCGGCAGCACCGACAGCGCCAGCACCACGCAGCGCCGCGGCUACGCCUACACCCACUGGCGGCAGCAGAGCAACGCCAGCGAGCUGUCCGCCGACGGCAGCGACAACGGCGGCCUCGGCAGCCCCUACUUCCCUCCCACGGCGGGCACGGCGGGCACCGGCACCGGCGGCGGCAUCCCCGAGCUGGACGGAUCCGGCGGCUUCGUCGAGCUACCCGGCGCCGGUGCGCCAACAACAACAACAACACCGGGACCCGCGGUGCCGCCACAUUCCGGCGGCGUGAGGAGCCGCUCCAGCAGCAACACCAGCAUCGGCGCGCCGCGCGGGCAUGUGCGGCGGCGGAGCGAUGGUGUAACGAGCCCCGGUCUGGGCCAGGGCAUGGGCAUGGGCAUGGGCCAGGCGGACGCGGGGCUGGAGCCGCUGGACGAGGGCGCUGAGAUCCAUGGGUACUACGGCCGGCGCGAUCAGCAGGCGGGCCAGACGGCGGCGGGGCUGGAGGGGAUGGGCGGGCAGUUUGGUGCUGAGGGGGGACAGGGGUCGCCGCCACAAGGGCCGCAAGGGUCGCAGGCAGGGAGGGGGUAA